AUGCCUGGAAAAAUGAGUAAAUUGAAUCAGUUGCACGUUUUAAGUUCCUUUGUCGUUGGCAAGCACGAAGACAAUGGAACCCAGGAGUUAGGAGGGCUGGUAAAUCUUCAUGGAUCCCUUGAGAUUAAGAAGUUGGAGAAUAUUGUUGGUGUGAAAGAAGCAAAGCGGGCAAAGAUAAUGGAUAAGAAGCACAUUGAUGCAUUAUGUUUGGAAUGGUCUUCAAGUGAUGAUUUGGUUUCAAGUACACAAAAAGAAAGAGACAUCCUUGAUAACUUGCAAGCGCAGAAUGGGUUGAAAGAGUUGAAAAUCAAGGGAUACAAGGGUACAAUAUUUCCAGAUUGGUUGGGGAACUGUUCCUACCAAAACAUGACACGUGUAUCUCUAAAAUCUUGCAAGAAUUGCUGCAUGCUGCCUUCACUUGGACAGCUGCCAUCUCUCAAGUCCCUGCGCAUUCGAGGUUUCGAUCAGCUGAGGAGUAUUGGCUACAAGUUUUACAAGAAUGAAGGAGCUCAUAAUUCUUUGCAUAUUGCACCAUUUCCCUCACUCGAGUGUUUGGAGUUUGAUAACAUGCCAUUUUGGGAGGUGUGGCAUGUAUCUGAGUCGGAAACUUUUCCUCAACUUAGGAAGCUCGAUAUAACAAAUUGCCCAAUGUUAAAUGAAGAGAUGCGUAAUCAGGUAUUUUUCAGAAUAGUUUCUUCUUUGUCGGAUGUUUCCAAAGUUCGCAAACUACGUAUAAGCGACGACUUUACCGAGGCCAUGUUUGUUGAUGGGGAUACUUUAAGAAUUAGGGGACGUGAAUCUCUGAUGGACUCUGCAUUGAUGACAAUGAUCAGCAUCAACCAUCUACGUUGCCUCCAAGAAAUACACAUCUUGAACUGUAGAGAUCUGAAAUUCCCGGAACAACAGCAGCAGAAGUAUGAUUUGGUAGAGCUACUAAUAGACAGCUGUGAUUCACUGACCUCCUUGUCGUUGGAUGUCUUUCCCAUUCUCAAGAAUCUCCAGAUAUCAUGGUGUAUGAAUCUGGAAUCAGUGUCAAUGUCAGAGGCACCACACGCUGCUCUUCAACGUCUCUCCAUUGCUUUCUGCGACAACUUAGUGUCAUUUGCAGGAGAAGGACUGGCUGCACCCAACCUAACUAAUCUAAGCCUCAUGGAAUGCGUGAAAUUGGAGGCAUUACCACGUGACAUGAAGAGUCUACUCCCAAGUUUACAUUCUCUCGAGAUAUAUGGUUGCCCAAAAAUUUGCAGGAUGCCAGAGGGUGGUUUGCCGCCUAACUUGAAAUCACUUGCUGUGGGAUUUUGCGAGCAACAAACGAGGGAUCUAUCAUGGAUAGGCAACUUGGACGCCCUCACUCAUCUCACCAUUUCUGGUUUUGGGUGUGAGAGCAUAAUAAAGUGA